AUGACAAGACGUACAACAGUUGACCCCGAUUCAAUAGUUUUGAAUCCUCAGAAAUUUAUCCAAAAGGAAAGGGAGAACUCUAAGAUUAAGGUUGAUCAAGUCAACACUUUUUUAGAGUCAACCCCUGAAAGAAGGACUUUGACCCAUUCCUUAAUGGACCAAAUAAUUAAUGAUCCUGUUUUAAAGACUGAUACAGAUUAUUACGACGCUACAAAACUGCAGGAGCGAGAAGCUACCGCAAAGAAAAUUGCAAGACUUGCUGUCUAUAUGGAGCAUGAUAUCAAAACUGUGCGCAAGCACUUCCGCGGCACCGAUCUCAUGGAGGACUUACAAGCAAACGACCCAGAAAAAGCCCCUCCUUUGAGUAAUAGGGACAUAUCUAUAUUUGAUAAGAGGCUGUCGCUGGUGGCCAACAUGGACCCUCAACUGGGUACCCGUGUAGGCGUUCAUCUGGGGCUCUUCGGUAAUUGCAUCAAGGGUAAUGGUACCGACGGCCAGAUUCGUUACUGGUUACAGGAAAGGGGUGCCACUUUGAUGAAAGGUAUCUAUGGCUGUUUUGCGAUGACUGAACUAGGACACGGCUCCAAUGUCGCUCAGUUGCAGACAAGGGCGGUAUAUGAUAAACAGAAUGAUACUUUUGUUAUUGACACGCCUGACCUAACGGCUACCAAAUGGUGGAUUGGUGGUGCCGCCCACUCUGCUACACAUGCUACCGUAUAUGCUAGAUUGAUCGUUGAAGGUAAAGACUAUGGUGUGAAAACUUUCGUCAUUCCUUUGAGAGACCCUUCGACUUUCCAGUUGCUGCCUGGCGUUUCUAUUGGAGAUAUUGGAGCCAAGAUGGGUCGUGAUGGUAUUGACAAUGGGUGGAUCCAAUUUAGAAACGUGGUCAUACCUAGAGAAUUUAUGUUAAGUAGGUUCACUAAAGUUGUUCGCUCUCCGAAUGGUUCCGUCACCGUCAGUACGGAACCACAACUAGAUCAAAUUUCCGGCUACAGCGCAUUAUUAAGCGGUAGAGUUAACAUGGUUAUGGACUCGUUCAGGUUUGGUUCUAAGUUCGCUACCAUCGCAGUUCGUUACGCAGUGGGUCGUCAGCAAUUUGCACCUAAAAAAGGUUUGUCCGAGACCCAGUUGAUUGAUUAUCCCUUACACCAAUACCGCGUUUUGCCACAAUUGUGUGUUCCGUACCUGGUGUCACCUGUAGCGUUCAAAUUAAUGGACAAUUAUUAUUCCACUUUGGAUGAGUUAUAUAAAGCAUCCUCCUCUGCAAAUAAAGCCGCUUUGGUUACAGUGAGUAAGAAAUUGAAAAAUCUGUUCAUAGACAGUGCUAGUUUGAAGGCAACCAACACCUGGCUAAUUGCUACUUUGAUUGAUGAAUUAAGGCAGACUUGUGGGGGGCAUGGUUAUUCUCAGUAUAAUGGCUUUGGUAAAGGUUAUGAUGACUGGGUAGUCCAGUGCACAUGGGAGGGUGACAACAAUGUCUUGUCUUUAACUUCAGCCAAAUCGAUUUUGAAGAAGUUUAUUGACUCUGCUACCAAGGGCAAAUUUGACGAAACGCAAGAUGUUGAUUCAUUCUCUUACUUGAAACCUCAAUACCUAGGAUCAGUAAUCUCUGGCCAAACAAAGAGUAGCCUGAACGACUUAGGCGAUUACACCGAAAUUUGGUCGAUAACUUUGGUAAAACUAUUAGCACAUAUUGGUUCCUUGAUCGAAAAAUCAAGAAAUAUCGAUAGUGUCUCCAAGCUUUUAGUUUUAGUAUCCAAGUUCCAUGCACUACGUUGUAUGUUGAAAACCUAUUACGAAAAGUUGAGCUCCCCUACCGACUCUAAUAUUUCCGAUGAAGGCACCAAGGAGUCUUUGUGGAACGUUUACAAGCUAUUUUCCUUGUAUUUCAUUGACAAACAUUCGGGUGAAUUCCAACAAUUCAAGAUUUUUACUCCUGAUCAGAUCUCUAAACUUGUACAACCGCAGCUUCUUGCCCUUCUACCAAUUGUGAGAAAAGACUGCAUAAGUUUAACUGAUUCCUUUGAAUUACCAGACGCUAUGUUAAAUGCUCCUAUCGGCUAUUUCGAUGGUGAUAUCUAUCACAACUACUUUGAUGCGGUCUGCCGCAAUAAUCCAGUAGAGUCGGAUGGACCAGGUAAGCCUUCUUAUCAUGAACUGUUGAGUACCAUGCUAGGCAGAGGGUUCGAGUUCGAUCAGAAGUUGGGUGGUGCCGCUAAAACAGAGACCCUGUUAAAACUAAACAAAUAA